CUCGAGAACACAGCGUAAUCAAAACCAAUCUGGAAGGCGUCACCGCAAUAAGGCAGCCGAGAUGAAUUGCGAGUAUCAAGCAACUGAGAAGCUUCGCUUUGGGUCUUGAAAAGCUUGUCCCUUCCUCUUGAGUCCUGAACCUAUCUUUCACGCUUCUUCUACACAAUAUGUUGGGCCAAAUCACUCUUGUCGCACUUGCGUUUGCUCCAUUCGCCGUUUCACAAAUAUCAGAGGGGUUCGAGCAAGGCUGGAACCAGACCACUUGGACAACAUAUGCGCCGGACUGCAACCAGGGUGGCAAGAUCACACUCGACACCACGACCGCUCGCACCGGAAAGAACUCGAUCCGUGUUGAUGGCGCCGGUGGCUACUGCGGGCACAUCUUUGUCGGCACCAACAAGGUACCCACUGGCGACGUAUACGUGAGGACCUACUUCAAAGCCGCAAAGGCGUUCACCGACUCCCAUGUCACUUUCAUCACCCACCCUGACCCAGCUCAGGGCACGAACAAGCACCUACGCAUUGGUGGACAGUCGAAGAUCAUGAUGUACAAUCGCGAAUCAGAUGAUGCUACUCUCCCAGACCUCUCGCCGCAGGGAAUUGCAACGUCCGUCUCGAUUCCAGUCAACAGCUGGCGCUGCCUCGAGUACCACCUUGGUACUGAUGGUACUAUUGAGACCUGGUUCAAUGGCACUGCUGUCGCGGGUCUGACGUCCAAGCCCGGCGUUAGCAACCCAAAUGCUGCGCAGUGGCAGAGGAGCAGCAUCAAGCCGAAAGUCACUGGGGUGUACUUCGGUUGGGAGAGCUACGGUGGUGAUACAAACACCUUCUGGUAUGAUGACAUUGUAGUCAGUGACAAGAAGAUUGGCUGUUAAGGAGCUGCGCGACGGUGUUAGGAG